UGGCUGAUUUAUUUUUUGGCUGAUUCUUUCUCCCCAAAUUUUUCAUCCUUUUCCUCUGUUUUGGGGGGUUCACCCCACAUCUGAACCCACAGUUUUUAGUUUUUGACCUUUUUUGGCCAACUUUUCCCCAAAACUUCUGUCUUUGCUUCUCUUUUUCUGAGCAAACCCCUCUCCUGUAAUUAAUUCACCUUUUAAAGCCGAUUUCCCCCCAAAUUUUCCAUUUUUGUCCUGUCGUUUUUUGGGGUUCGCCCCACAUCUAAACCUGUGGUUUUUAGUCUUUGACCUUUUUGGCCAAUUUUUCCCCCAAAAUUUCCGCUUUUUUCCUGCUUUUUUUGCCACCAAGAAACUGCUCCAAUCCCAGCCAGGGGGGCCGUGGCCAGGACGCUCCUUCUCCUCCCCUCUGAGCUUUGUCCCAAACAUCCAAAAAAUGUCACCAAACGUCCCCAAAGUGUCCCCAAACGUCACUAAAAUGUCCCCAAAAUGGCACCAGACAUCUCCAAACAAUCCCUGAAUGUCCUCAAAACAUCCCCAACAUGUCCCAAGGUGUCCUCAAAACGUCUGCAAAAUGUCCCCAAAAUGUCACCAAAUGUUUCCAAAUGUCCCCAAAGCAUCUUGAAAUGUCCCCAAAAUGUCCCCAGUGUCCCCAGAAGCCCCUGUGGUGCCAUUUUUGAGUCCCAGAGCUGCUCUUCGGGCGGUCCCUGCCCCUCCCCGGCAGGUGAACGCUGUCCCGGGCGGCUCCGUGCUGCUGGCAGACCCCAAGGAGGUCCCCAGGUGUCCCCAGGUGUCCCCAGAUAUCUCCAGGGUGUCCCCAGGUCUCUCCAGGGUGUCCCCAGGUGUCCCCAGGUGUCCCCAAAUGCCGUUUCUGUCCCAGAGCUGCUCUUCGGGCAGUCCCGGGCCCCUCCCCGGCAGGUGAACGCCGUCCUGGGCGGCUCCGUGCUGCUGGCGCCGUCGCUGCCGCCCAACCAGACGGUGAAGGAGAUCGAGUGGAGCUUCUCGGGUGGCUCCGGUGCCACCAUCCAGGUGGCCGAGGUGGGGCCGGGCGGCUUCGAGCGCCCGGACCCGCGGGAUCGCUUCGGGAGGCGCCUGGAGAUGUUCAACGCCACGGCGCUGAGGAUCCGCGAGCUGCAGCGCGGCGACAGCGGCGUCUUCGGGGCCAGGAUCAAAAUGCAGCCGGCGCUGGUGGAUGACCAGAGCUUCAACCUGUCUGUCUACGAGUCGGUGCCCAGCCCCCGGACGCGCAGCCAGCUCCUGGCCAGCACCCUGGAGUGGUGCAACCUGACCCUGCAGUGCCAGGGCAGCGGCAGCGGCGCCGUCAACGUCACCUGGCAGCGCGACAGCCUCACCUGGGGACAGCUGGGCACCGCCCGCCACCAGCUGUCCCCCGACGGCACCACCCUGCGCGUGGCGCUGCCACCCGCCGCCACCAACGUCACCUACGCCUGCACCGUCAGUAACCCCGCGGACCGCAAGGUCGCCCUGUUCGACCUGCAGAGCCUGUGCCAGGGCGGAGGGGGACCCUCGGCCUUCUCCACCUCGGGCUACGUGGUGCUCUCGCUCAUCCUGGUGGCCGUGAGCCUCGGCGGCGCCUUCUGGUGCUGGAGGGCGAACAGCGAGAAGGCGUCGGAGGCAGCCGCCACGCCCGCGGCGCCGGCCGAGGAGAGCCCCGGGGAAGCGCAGUACAGCGACAUCGUCUGCAGGAGCCCCCCCGAGGGCAACGACCAGGGUCCCAGCCCCGCCGAGGCCCCCCAGGAACCCAGCGAACCCCAAAAACCUGAGACCCCGGCCCCAAAAUCCUCCCCGGGGGGCGACGAGCAGGGCCAGAGACCCCCGGAGGACACGGCCGAGGAGGUGACAUAGGGCCGCAGGGCCCCGCAGCACCGGGACCUCCUGGAAGGGCUGUGAAGCGUCGUGUGCCAAACCCCGACCCCAAAUCCAGCGCCCCAAGUCCGGCUCCGGGCACCGCAGGAGCCCCCUGACCCCACAACCGGAUGGAUUUCCCCC